AUGUCCAAGAUUCUCGCGGUAUUUGGCUCAACUGGCCAGCAAGGAAGUUCGAUCAUCAAAAACGUCUUGUGCGACCCAGAAUUGUCUCAGCUAUACAGCAUCCGAGCAAUCACUCGAGAUCCAGCGUCACAAAAAGCCAAGCAGCUGCAGGAGCAAGUCCAAGUCCAAGUCGUCCAAGGAGACGGGAACGAUCGAGCGUCUCUCCAGGAAGCUCUCAGUGGCGCUCACACAAUAUUUGCAAUUACGGUUCCAUCUGUGGGCCCAGAAGCGGUCGAAGCUGAAUUUAACGCCGCCAAGAACAUAGCCGAUGUUGCUGUAUCGAACGGGGUCGAAUACUUCAUUUGGUCUACGUUGCCGUCUGUUGCUGAGAUCUCCAAGGGCAAAUACGCAAAGGUGACCCCCUUCGACGCCAAAGCUAAGGCCGAGAAGUACAUUCGCGGUCUGCCGAUCAAAAGUGCCUUCGUGUCUCUCGGCUUCUUCAUGGAAAACUUCCAGUCGCAACCCUUCUUGACGGCACAAAGAGACAGCGAUAAAUCUUGGGUCAUGUCCCGUCCCCAUGCAGCAAAUACUUCAUAUCCGUUGAUUGCUGCAGUCGAAGAUAUUGGCAAAUUCGUCGGCGCAAUAUUGGCCGAACCAGCAAAGUAUGAGGGCCAGCGCUUGUGUGCUGCAGAGGCCCUCUACAGCGUUGAAGAUAUCGCAAAGCAAUUGUCGAUGUCCGCAGGUCAGAAGAUAGUCUUCAAAGAAGUAUCGGCAGAAGAGUUUGGUCGGAAAGUUGCGUUCAUAGUGGAUUUCUUCGUUGGUGCAUAUUGUUUUGCGGCCGAAUAUGGCUAUUUCGGCCCUGACACCGAGGAUCAAGUCGCAUGGGCUGCAAAGAAUGCUCGAGGCAAGCUAUUAACAUUAGAGGAGUUCUUGAAGGCAAAUCCUCUGACGCUAGCGGAGAUGAACUGCCUCUUGCCGCCAAUGUGGCUGAGGUAG